AUGACAAAGAGAGCGAGAAAGAGAGCGAGAAAGAGAGCUGAGAAAGAGAGCGAGAAAAGGAGAGCGAAGCAAAGAGAGCGAGAAAGAGAGCGAGAGAAGCGAGAAAGAGCGAGAAAGAGAGCGGAGAAGAGAGAGCGAGAAAAGAGAGCGAGAGAGAGAGAGCGAGAAAGGAGAGCGAGAAAGAGAGCGGAGAAAGAGAGCGAGAAAGAGAGCGAGAAAGAGAGCGAGAAAGAGAGCGAGAAAGAGAGCGAGAAAGAGAGCGAGAAAGAGAGCGAGAAAGAGAGCGAGAAAGAGAGCGAGAAAGAGAGCGAGAAAGAGAGCGAGAAAGAGAGCGAGAAAGAGAGCGAGAAAGAGAGCGAGAAAGAGAGCGAGAGAAGAGAGAGAGCGAGAAAGAGAGCGAGAAAGAGAGCGAGAAAAGAGAGCGAGAAAGAGAGCGAGAAAGAGAGCGAGAAAGAGAGCGAGAAAGAGAGCGAGAAAGAGAGCGAGAAAGAGAGCGAGAAAGAGAGCGAGAAAGAGAGCGAGAAAGAGAGCGAGAAAGAGAGCGAGAAAGAGAGCGAGAAAGAGAGCGAGAAAGAGAGCGAGAAAGAGAGCGAGAAAGAGAGCGAGAAAGAGAGCGAGAAAGAGAGCGAGAAAGAGAGCGAGAAAGAGAGCGAGAAAGAGAGCGAGAAAGAGAGCGAGAAAGAGAGCGAGAAAGAGAGCGAGAAAGAGAGCGAGAAAGAGAGCGAGAAAGAGAGCGAGAAAGAGAGCGAGAAAGAGAGCGAGAAAGAGAGCGAGAAAGAGAGCGAGAAAGAGAGCGAGAAAGAGAGCGAGAAAGAGAGCGAGAAAGAGAGCGAGAAAGAGAGCGAGAAAGAGAGCGAGAAAGAGAGCGAGAAAGAGAGCGAGAAAGAGAGCGAGAAAGAGAGCGAGAAAGAGAGCGAGAAAGAGAGCGAGAAAGAGAGCGAGAAAGAGAGCGAGAAAGAGAGCGAGAAAGAGAGCGAGAAAGAGAGCGAGAAAGAGAGCGAGAAAGAGAGCGAGAAAGAGAGCGAGAAAGAGAGCGAGAAAGAGAGCGAGAAAGAGAGCGAGAAAGAGAGCGAGAAAGAGAGCGAGAAAGAGAGCGAGAAAGAGAGCGAGAAAGAGAGCGAGAAAGAGAGCGAGAAAGAGAGCGAGAAAGAGAGCGAGAAAGAGAGCGAGAAAGAGAGCGAGAAAGAGAGCGAGAAAGAGAGCGAGAAAGAGAGCGAGAAAGAGAGCGAGAAAGAGAGCGAGAAAGAGAGCGAGAAAGAGAGCGAGAAAGAGAGCGAGAAAGAGAGCGAGAAAGAGAGCGAGAAAGGAGAGCGAGAAAACGAGAGCGAGAAAGAGAGCGAGAAAGAGAGCGAGAAAGAGAGCGAGAAAGAGAGCGAGAAAGAGAGCGAGAAAGAGAGCGAGAAAGAGAGCGAGAAAGAGAGCGAGAAAGAGAGCGAGAAAGAGAGCGAGAAAGAGAGCGAGAAAGAGAGCGAGAAAGAGGAGCGAGAAAGAGAGCGAGAAAGAGAGCGAGAAAGAGAGCGAGAAAGAGAGCGAGAAAGAGAGCGAGAAAGAGAGCGAGAAAGAGAGCGAGAAAGAGAGCGAGAAAGAGAGCGAGAAAGAGAGCGAGAAAGAGAGCGAGAAAGAGAGCGAGAAAGAGAGCGAGAAAGAGAGCGAGAAAGAGAGCGAGAAAGAGAGCGAGAAAGAGAGCGAGAAAGAGAGCGAGAAAGAGAGCGAGAAAGAGAGCGAGAAAGAGAGCGAGAAAGAGAGCGAGAAAGAGAGCGAGAAAGAGAGCGAGAAAGAGAGCGAGAAAGAGAGCGAGAAAGAGAGCGAGAAAGAGAGCGAGAAAGAGAGCGAGAAAGAGAGCGAGAAAGAGAGCGAGAAAGAGAGCGAGAAAGAGAGCGAGAAAGAGAGCGAGAAAGAGAGCGAGAAAGAGAGCGAGAAAGAGAGCGAGAAAGAGAGCGAGAAAGAGAGCGAGAGAAAGAGAGCGAGAAAGAGAGCGAGAAAGAGAGCGAGAAAGAGAGCGAGAAAGAGAGCGAGAAAGAGAGCGAGAAAGAGAGCGAGAAAGAGAGCGAGAAAGAGAGCGAGAAAGAGAGCGAGAAAGAGAGCGAGAAAGAGAGCGAGAAAGAGAGCGAGAAAGAGAGCGAGAAAGAGAGCGAGAAAGAGAGCGAGAAAGAGAGCGAGAAAGAGAGCGAGAAAGAGAGCGAGAAAGAGAGCGAGAAAGAGAGCGAGAAAGAGAGCGAGAAAGAGAGCGAGAAAGAGAGCGAGAAAGAGAGCGAGAAAGAGAGCGAGAAAGAGAGCGAGAAAGAGAGCGAGAAAGAGAGCGAGAAAGAGAGCGAGAAAGAGAGCGAGAAAGAGAGCGAGAAAGAGAGCGAGAAAGAGAGCGAGAAAGAGAGCGAGAAAGAGAGCGAGAAAGAGAGCGAGAAAGAGAGCGAGAAAGAGAGCGAGAAAGAGAGCGAGAAAGAGAGCGAGAAAGAGAGCGAGAAAGAGAGCGAGAAAGAGAGCGAGAAAGAGAGCGAGAAAGAGAGCGAGAAAGAGAGCGAGAAAGAGAGCGAGAAAGAGAGCGAGAAAGAGAGCGAGAAAGAGAGCGAGAAAGAGAGCGAGAAAGAGAGCGAGAAAGAGAGCGAGAAAGAGAGCGAGAAAGAGAGCGAGAAAGAGAGCGAGAAAGAGAGCGAGAAAGAGAGCGAGAAAGAGAGCGAGAAAGAGAGCGAGAAAGAGAGCGAGAAAGAGAGCGAGAAAGAGAGCGAGAAAGAGAGCGAGAAAGAGAGCGAGAAAGAGAGCGAGAAAGAGAGCGAGAAAGAGAGCGAGAAAGAGAGCGAGAAAGAGAGCGAGAAAGAGAGCGAGAAAGAGAGCGAGAAAGAGAGCGAGAAAGAGAGCGAGAAAGAGAGCGAGAAAGAGAGCGAGAAAGAGAGCGAGAAAGAGAGCGAGAAAGAGAGCGAGAAAGAGAGCGAGAAAGAGAGCGAGAAAGAGAGCGAGAAAGAGAGCGAGAAAGAGAGCGAGAAAGAGAGCGAGAAAGAGAGCGAGAAAGAGAGCGAGAAAGAGAGCGAGAAAGAGAGCGAGAAAGAGAGCGAGAAAGAGAGCGAGAAAGAGAGCGAGAAAGAGAGCGAGAAAGAGAGCGAGAAAGAGAGCGAGAAAGAGAGCGAGAAAGAGAGCGAGAAAGAGAGCGAGAAAGAGAGCGAGAAAGAGAGCGAGAAAGAGAGCGAGAAAGAGAGCGAGAAAGAGAGCGAGAAAGAGAGCGAGAAAGAGAGCGAGAAAGAGAGCGAGAAAGAGAGCGAGAAAGAGAGCGAGAAAGAGAGCGAGAAAGAGAGCGAGAAAGAGAGCGAGAAAGAGAGCGAGAAAGAGAGCGAGAAAGAGAGCGAGAAAGAGAGCGAGAAAGAGAGCGAGAAAGAGAGCGAGAAAGAGAGCGAGAAAGAGAGCGAGAAAGAGAGCGAGAAAGAGAGCGAGAAAGAGAGCGAGAAAGAGAGCGAGAAAGAGAGCGAGAAAGAGAGCGAGAAAGAGAGCGAGAAAGAGAGCGAGAAAGAGAGCGAGAAAGAGAGCGAGAAAGAGAGCGAGAAAGAGAGCGAGAAAGAGAGCGAGAAAGAGAGCGAGAAAGAGAGCGAGAAAGAGAGCGAGAAAGAGAGCGAGAAAGAGAGCGAGAAAGAGAGCGAGAAAGAGAGCGAGAAAGAGAGCGAGAAAGACAGCGAGAAAGAGAGCGAGAAAGACAGCGAGAAAGAGAGCGAGAAAGAGAGCGAGAAAGAGAAAAGAGAGCGAGAAAGAGAGCGAGAAAGAGAGCGAGAAAGAGAGCGAGAAAGAGAGCGAGAAAGAGAGCGAGAAAGAGAGCGAGAAAGAGAGAGAGAAAGAGAGAGAAAGAGAGAGAAAGAGAGAGAAAGAGAGAGAAAGAGAGAGAAAGAGAGAGAAAGAGAGAGAAAGAGAGGAGUGGUUUACAAUCAAAUGAGUGAGUCAUUUUUUCCCCUUGCAGAAGAUGGUAGAUGGCUGAUGCCUUGA